AUGUAUACUCAAGCAGUUGUCGAACCGUUCGAGCCAUUUCACGCAGGCAGCUUUGAACCGGCUGUUAGUCUCACCGAAGAUCUUCCCCAGGGAGUUGACGCCGAUAUCCUCCUUCUCGGGUGUGGUGAUGUUCGCAAUAUCAUCUACACAUCUUUUGUCGAACAAGGGAUGCCAGAGCGCAACCUUGACAUCACCGCUUGCGACAUUGAUGAAUUUGUCAUUGCACGGAAUAUCUUACUCUUUACCAUCCUUCUCGACGACGAUGAAAAUGUUUCGUUGCGUCAGAUUUGGAACAUGUACUACAACUUCUACCUCGACGACUCGGAAGUGCAGAUUCUCGAGACCCAGGCAAAGAAGUUAGUCAAGCUCUCGCACACCUUGCGAGACUGGCAAGAAAGCCCAUAUGGGGCCACUCUCCGUUUCUGUGACGAGGCAACUAUCACCCUGGUUCAUUACGCCUGGGCUGUAUAUGCCGAGGAAGCUUGUCCCACCAUGAGGACUAACCGUUACCACGAAAAGGCGUUUCGACACACUUGGGAUAACGCAAGAACGAGGCAGCAUUACGAAAAGCAACUUGAAGCAACCAAGCAGAACGUCUCACGGUCGUGUGCCCCUUUGGCUAUGGAAAUGGCCAGUGAAUUGCUCUUUACCACUCACCAACACUGGGAAAAGGGCCUGAUCAACACUCAACCUCUUCCCGCUUCGAGCAACGACAAGCCAGGGAUUCCGAACCCAAUCUUUGGCCGCCCCAUCAUGACAUCCCGUGUGCUGAACCCACCGACCAACCCACUCCUGAGUUUCCACCUAGGAGCAGCUCAAGCAAACUUAACCGACUCAUCUCCCCUUAACAUUGACAACAAGGGCGCAUCUUCCUCGGAUUCCCAAGAGAGAAUGUUCAACUCGGCACUUAUGCAAUUCGCGGAUUGGACAGAUGCUUUCGUCGAGGCUGCGCCGAGGACUGUCAUCCGCUAUACUGCGUGCGAGGCUUUUGCUCUCUGCUACACUCUCCGGUUUCAUCGGGCGAGUGGUAACACCAGCUGCGAGUACUACCGUGGAAAACAUGGAUUCGAGGUGUUCAACUUAGCCGCGUCCGAGUACGGCGAAACCGGCAAGGCGCCUAACCAGUUCGAUGUUAUAGACACAUCUACUCUCUCCCAGAGCGUCGGCAUUCUUAACUUUCUCGUCUCGGCCGCACCUCUUCUGAAGGACGGGCCAUCCUCGACACUGUACACCGCAGACCUUCGAACGCGCAGAGAGUUCAACUUUGAGAGGUUGCUCCACGACCAGUCGACGUGUAUUUCGAUUCUCCUAGGCCUCGUGCCAACCGAGUACUGGACCAACGCCACGGCGGUAUCACUAGUCGACCAGCUUCUCACAGCAUCGUCUGAUGAAGCGGCGACAAGGGAAGACAAGGAGCCGAACUUCAGGUUUCGCAUCUCGUGGAAGCAGAUCAAGCAUAUAGCUGGGCAGCAGUCGCUCCCCACACUACACGUCGCGAUUCCUGACUUGGUAAACUUGGUUUACAGCGUCUAUUGCAGCACCUUCUUUGGCGGUUCCCCUCCGGUCUGGACAUCGUCGGUAAAGGACGCCGAGCUCUUACACGUCAAGUAUACGCCAAUUUCAACGCACCAGCCACCCACCAUUGGGGCUUUCCUUAGCACCAUCGGCGAUAGAUCACAUGCAAACGCGGAACAGUUGUGGCACAGGUGCGUGAUGCAUCUUGUCGAGCACAACUCAACAAACCGUGGCGUUGGGAACCAUAUGGCUGUCUUCAUGUUCGAAGCACCGCCUCUUCCCCUCGUUUUGUCGCAGAACUUAGCUGCGAAGCAACCGAGGCGUGUAGUCGCGCCUCCGUUUAAGAAGUGGAGCUUGAGGCUGAGGGCUCUUGCUAUCACCGUGGUUGUACCCCUGGAACGCUGGAUGGGACUCAAGGCACUCGCAGAUGCGCGUACGGGCCAAAGCAGGGAACCUGCUCUUGAGAUUUCAGGCCACUUAACUACCCACAACGCGGGUGGACAGAGUCAACGGGUCACCACGGUAUACUCGGACGUUCAAAUCUCCUUCGGAACCAUCACGACGGUGGGAUCCCGCGACCACGAGAAUUUCACCGUCCAUGUGAAGGAAGACAAAGCGGGUUGGAACGGGACGUCCCCGAUGAUCGUCUCGUACUAUAUUCCCACCGACUUCGUUGAAGUCAUGUUUAACGAAGGGACCGUCGGCGUUACUACGAUACGCGUUUCCACCGACCAAGCCCGCCUCAAGCAGGUCAUGAAAAUUCCCGAAUGUGACUACGAAACGCCCAUCUGGGACGAGGGCCACGUCUUCAUCACGAGAACUCGACCGGGGCAACUUUUCCAAGGCGUCAAUGAAGGAUCGUUACGCGAGCUUCAGCGCACAUUCUCACCAACGGAUGGAGCGCCGCCGUCGGCCAUCGUAUUCAGUGCAAGCUGCACCGAGUUGGGAGACAUUACUACAAUCACCGGCCGCAUCAACAUCACGUCGGCCAAGGGCAGAAAGCUCCUUACGGACAAGGCGCCUGUCCGGGUGGAACAGGCAUCCCCCUUCACCCUCGACGUCGUCAUCGGCAGCAAGAUGGAGGGCAUCACCAUACCCCUGACCUUCCCGGCACCGGUCGCCAAAGACAGGAGCAGAACCCGCAUCGCGCGCAAGUCGGCCUAUAUCGAAGUCAUCGCGCCGCCGGCCAAGCCCGACACCGACUCCAAGGUGCUCGACACUUUCUUCCUGCCGACCACCAACCACGUCCCGGGCCAACCCCCAGCAACGCUCAACAUCCCCCACCUUAACCUCGACACCCUGCCGGUCCUCUCCCUGACCGACAAGUCCCGCACCCGCUUCCUCACCACCCUCGCCUCGCUCAUGUUCUCCCCGCGCGAGCGCCUCCAGCGGGAACAGGGCCUCGCAGCCUCUGGCACCACCAACAACAACACUGCCACCGACACCGCCCCCCAGGUUGGUCAACCACCCUCAGCGCGACUCAACCUCAAAGACUCACUCUACACCAUGUUCACGCUCGCCUCGGGCCGGCAAUCCGCCUCGGCACAGCCGACCAAGCUCUUCGCCCUCUCCCUGCCCGACACGGGCGUGCACAUCCUGCUGUUCGUCGGCGCGGUGCGGCUGGACGGCGCCCACGGCAGCGUGGUGCUGGACGCCGCUGUGCUACCACUCACACGUGAGCUGACGGCGACGGGCGACGACGGCCCGCUCACGGCCUUCCUGCGCGGUCUGCGCGGCGUCCCCUGCUGCACGCUCGCCAUCGACGCGGACGAACUCGCGCUCUGGAAGCGCACGCUGCCGGCGCUGGCCGAGCGCUGCCGCACGUGGAUGCACCGAGCCGGGGGCGCGGCGGGCGAGUGUGAGUACGCGGCGGAGGGCGGGACGACGGUGCCCCUGGGCUUGGGCGACGGCGAGCCCGUGCUGUGCGGCUGCGGGUGUGGUGCGCUGCCGGAGGGGUUCGUGGUGGACGUGCCCGGGUGGGAGGCGGCGGCGCGGUAUGCGACGCGGGUUGCGAUCAGUCCGGUGUUUGUGUCCGGGAUGGUGGAGGAGGUGGUGGAUCCCGUGCUGGCGAGGGCGGUGGCUAAGGAUAUGGGGGGUGGUGGUGGUGGUGGUGGUGGUGGGGUGAGGCGGUGUCGGAACUGUGGGAGGCCGGAGAGGGCGGGGAGUGUGGUGGUGAAGAAGUGCACGGGGUGCUUCGUGGUGGAGUAUUGCUCGGCCGAGUGCCAGAAGAAGGACUGGAAGAGGCACCGCGUGGAGUGUGAGGCGGCCGUCGCCCGGACUCAGAAGUGA